AUGAUUAAGAAGUUCGAGAAAAAAGAAAGGAAAAACGGGGUUACUGACCAUUCGCGCUGGGAGAGGAAUAAACCAGUAUCAGAAGAUGUAAUAACUGAUGUGGCAACUGCAAUUGUCGAAGGAUCGCAGGGAACCAUUGUUGGUGCUAGCAGCGCCCGGGGUGUAGCUCGACAAUUGGACAUGAAUUAUUCCACGAACUCUAACACUAUUUAUAUUCCAGGUGAGAAAGGCUUUCCCGGUUAUCCAGGUGAUAAAGGUGAUCGAGGAAUUCCAGGAAUACCUGGUUCUCCAGGUGCUAAAGGAGACAAAGGUGAAUCUGCUUUGUUUGGACUUCCGGGACCCAGAGGAAAGCCUGGACUUCCAGGAUUUGACGGUCCAAAAGGUCAGAAAGGUUUUCCAGGAGAUGUAGGUCCUCCAGGACCAUUUGGUCUACCAGGUCAAAAAGGAAUUCCAGGUUUACCUGGAGGUCCAGGAUUGCCAGGUUUUGACGGCCCCCCAGGACAGCCUGGGAUCCCUGGCAAAGAUGGGAAAGACGGACUACCUGGUUUAUCAGGUGAGAAGGGUGAACGAGGCCUAUCAGGUUUACCUGGUCCUCCCGGAGAAGCAGGCGUGGAUGGUCUUCCAGGACCCCCAGGAUUAAAGGGUGAUAAAGGAUUUCCCGGCUUUCCAGGACAGGAUGGUCAAAAAGGCUUACCAGGAGAAAAAGGGUAUCCCGGAGUUCCUGGAUUUCCGGGUUUGAAAGGGGAGCCAGGAGAAAUAUCAGCAAAGGGUGACAAAGGAGAAAGAGGAUUUCCUGGAUUGGAAGGUCCGCCCGGUCCUCCUGGACCAGCGGGUUUCGAUGGCUUACCUGGACCUAGCGGCGAUGAUGGUCUACCCGGAGUAGGUCUGCCAGGACCUCCUGGACCUCCAGGAGAAAGAGGACCUGAAGGACGACCUGGCAUUUCAGGAUUACCAGGACCCAAAGGAUCUCCAGGAUUACCAGGAUUAUCUGGUUUGAAAGGAAACAGAGGUUUGGAUGGCUUACCUGGCCCUCGAGGUCCACCUGGCUUCGACGGAGCACCUGGUCUACCAGGCGCUAAAGGAGAUAGUGGACUCCCAGGAUUUCUGGGUCAGAAAGGUAAUCUUGGUAUACCUGGACUACCAGGAUUUCCGGGACCUAAAGGCGAUAGAGGACUACCUGGACUCACUGGACCACCGGGAAAAGAUGGACUACCUGGAGAUAAAGGAAACCUUGGUUUCCCGGGAGCACCUGGUGCGAGAGCAUUACCAGGCGACAAAGGAGAACCUGGUCUACCAGGACAACCUGGCGUUCCUGGUGAAAAAGGAGAACGAGGAUUCGAUGGAUCUCCUGGAUUUCCAGGAUUGAAGGGGGAUCGAGGUUUUCCAGGAUUAGAUGGAUUACCAGGAACACCAGGACUUCAAGGUUUCCCAGGAGAACCUGGUUUACCGGGACCGAGAGGUAGAGCAGGACCACCAGGAAUUGGACAGAAAGGUGAUCGAGGAUUACCAGGACCACCAGGAGUUGCUGGACUCCCUGGCUUUCCGGGUGAUAAAGGAGAACCAGGUUUGCCAGGAUCCCCAGGCGAGCCAGGUUUUGCUGGAAAACCAGGAUUACCGGGUAGACCUGGUGAAAAAGGAGAUAUUGGCUUCCCGGGUCUUCCAGGACCUAGAGGUUUGGAUGGAGUACCAGGAAGGAAAGGAGAACGAGGGCUGCCAGGAUUCCCAGGACUAAAAGGCGAUCAAGGAUAUCCAGGAAUUCCAGGUCCACCUGGUCCCAUUGGAGACGCAGGGCCUCCAGGUCGUGAUGGUGCUUUUGGCCUGCCGGGUGUUAAAGGUGAAAAAGGAGAUGCAGGACUUCCAGGUUUAUCAGGAAUUAAAGGCUCUAAAGGUUUUCCAGGUUUAGAUGGUCUACCAGGACCAGAAGGUCCUCGAGGAUUUGAUGGUUUAAAAGGUUUAAAAGGCGACAAAGGUAAUGUUCCACCUUCUGAGUUAUUACGAGGCGAAAAAGGUGAACCUGGACUUCCAGGAAUCCCAGGUGAACCGGGAUUGCGAGGACCUAAGGGAUUUCCAGGAGCACCGGGUCACCCAGGCCUGAAAGGAAAUCCUGGCCCUAAUGGAUUACCAGGAUCUCCUGGUUCAUCCGGUCCAGAUGGUCCUAAAGGUGACAGAGGCUAUGAUGGACCUCCAGGACCUCCAGGUCCUCCUGGAGUUAGAGGUGAACCUGGUGUCAGGGGCAUUCCCGGAAGACCUGGCGGUGAAAAACUAAUGGGAAUGCUCGUGGUCCGGCACAGCCAGUCUUAUAACAUUCCACAGUGUCCACGAGGAAUGAGAAAGUUGUGGGAUGGUUACAGUUUACUGUAUAUAGAAGGCAAUGAAAAGUCUCACAACCAAGACUUAGGCUUCGCCGGAUCGUGCAUGCAGCGAUUCAGUACAAUGCCUUUCCUCUUCUGCGAUUUCAACAGUGUUUGCAAUUACGCAAGCCGCAACGACAAAUCUUACUGGCUAUCGACAAAUGCUCCUCUGCCUAUGAUGCCUGUAGGGGAUGAUAUGAUCCAAGAAUACAUCAGUCGAUGUGUUGUUUGCGAGACACCUGCUAACGUUAUUGCAGUUCACAGCCAGUCACUUGCAAUACCUGAUUGUCCAAAAGGUUGGAAUUCUCUCUGGAUUGGAUACAGUUUUGCAAUGCAUACUGCAGCAGGCGCAGAAGGAGGUGGACAAUCCCUGUCUAGUCCUGGCAGUUGUCUGGAAGACUUCAGAGCUACUCCAUUUAUUGAAUGCAAUGGUGCGCGAGGAACAUGCCACUACUUUGCAAACAAAUUCAGUUUCUGGUUGACAACCAUUGAAGACGAAGAACAGUUUGAGAGGCCGAUCAGCACCACACUCAAGGCAAAUAAUCUGCGCUCACGAGUCAGCCGCUGCAACGUGUGCCUUAAAAGUACAACUGUGACAUGAUCAAAAAUAGAUUGAAAACUGACUGAAAACAAACUGAAAUGCUGAGCGUUACUUAGUGGGACUGUAAUUUUAAAACAAGGGACAUUUAAUGUUCAUAAGUUGAAAAUAAAGAUACUAGGGACGUCAGAUUUCUAAAAGCAUGCAAAUUAUUUUUUUACCAGCUUCUUGAAGCAGUUAUAUUUUAAAUUCUAUUUAUCACUAGCCGUGUUUCUGAAUUGUUUUGGACAUCAGUUUUGGCACUAAGUCAUGAAAAAUAAAAAAGUAUGAAAAUUAAAAAUCCUUCAAAUUAACAGUAAUUUACAGAGAAUUAUUCAGAAUAAUUUUUCCAAUUACCCUACUUUUGAAGUUUAUAAACAGAGAGCGGUUAGUGACACAUCAUACUAAAGCAAAAUGUACAUGUUUUGUCUUUCUUCAUAAAAGUAAGGCAUGUGAUGAGCAACAUCCAGGCAAUAUAUAUAACUCAUUAUAGUUAGACAAUACAUCGAAAUUACCUCUCUAGAUUGUCUUUUAUCAUUGACUCUACCAGCAACAGCAAUAUCUUUAUUUUUAAGCUCUUCUUUGUCACCAAUCGCUGUGCGUUUGUAAAUUUCAAUAUAGUCAUUUGAAAUUAGGUAAAAAUAACUUAAAACUACCUUUUACAUUACACUCAACUAUCAUCUUAAUAUAAAAAAUGGAGGUAAACAGCAAAUGAUAAUAGUAUAUAUUUCAUAAAAACAGUAUUAGAACUGUUAAAUGACAUGUAAAAGGACUUAUUAGAUUUUCUACUGGAUUAAAUCAUAUGAAUAUAGUAAGUAAAAAAAUGCAGUUAGGAAAAAAUGAAUAAGUGCGUAACUGUAUGAAUUUAAAGAAAGAAAGCAAUUGCACAUUUUAUACAUGGUAUCCAAUUAUAUUAAUACAUGCUUUUACCAUGACAAACAGCAAUUUCGAUUUUGUUAUUUGUAGACUGGAAAAUAGAACAGCUCCCAGUAACGCUCACGUUUAAAUAUACUGCCAUAUAACAUUUAAAUAUACUGCCAGCAGGCCAGAAAAAUGCAAAAAUACAUGAAUUGCUCCAAAGGCAUUUAGGCUGUAUGUAUAUGCCGUUAAUUCAACAUAUUACAUUGAACUUAUUCAAGAUGUUCACCUUUCCUCAAAAAAAGACUUUGAUAUUAAAAUAUCUUUUAUGUUGUGCUGUUUUCAACGAACUGACGAGUAACUUAGCUUUAUUUAUAUGGUAAUGAACUAUUCCAAGUUUCUGGUCUGCCAUUUUGUAUGUUUGCUAUUUUUUAAACUUUUUCUAGUCGCUAUGCUCAUAGAAUGGUGCUAUGAAAAUGACAAUAAAAUGAAUGUACUUAAAAGCACUGUAAACUUAAUGUUAUUAAAAUUGUAUGUUAAAAAUUAUUUUACUAUUUUUAAUAUUUAUGUCAGCUUAAAAAUUAUUUGAAUUAAAGUUAUUUUUAUGUUAAUAUCCUGAAAUGCGAAAUUUCACAUUAAUUUUGCUUAAGACUAUCAUUGCUAGCUUUCAUUUUAAUAUUGAAUAACAACUUUGUUUAAAAACUGAAUAAAAUACUUUAUAAGACUUCA